AUGGAAGAAGCCUCGUAUACUCCAGGACGGUCUAUCGACAUCGAGCUGGGUGGACAAGAAGUCAUCACCAUUGAUUUGGAUAACCUCGAUACAAAUCCCGAUGAUGUUAUAGAGCUUCUGAAGGACGGACAAUGCAAAGUCUGGGUUUGGACAAAGUUGGCUGGUGAAUACUGGCGCAGAGGCUACCUGGAAGCUGCUGAGAAGAUUGCGCAAUCUGCUAUUGACUGUUUUCACGUAAAUGGGGCUAUUGCCUCUUCGCCGCCCAUUUAUUCUUUGCUUGCUAAUAUCCAAAUAGCCCGUGCACGAAAGGCACCCAAACUCAUAAUACCUAGUGCUCGCGAGGAUAGACUGUCUAAUGAACGCCCGAAGGAAGAGUAUUACAAAGAAGCUGCUCAGUACCUCAAUUCUGGAGAAAGAGCUGCUGCGGAAUCUGGAGAGGGUGUGGGUGGCACGUUGGCCUUUCUGACUCGAGGUAUACAACAAUUGGCGACACGUUCUAUGGAUGAUGCAUUACGCUCAUUCGAGGGUGUUUUGGCGGAAAAACCCACAAACUUGAUCGCCCUAUUGGGCAAGGCGCGUAUACUCUACGCCAGACGGGGCUAUCCUCAGGCUUUGAAAUUAUUCCAACAAGUUCUUCAACUCAGUCCGCAAUGUCAACCAGAUCCUCGUAUUGGGAUUGGUUUAUGUCUUUGGGCUAUGGACCACAAAGCCAAGGCUAAAGCAGCUUGGCAGCGGAGCUUAGAAGUUAAUCCCAGUGAAUGGUCAGCGUUACUCUUGCUUGGGUUGGAAUCCAUCAAUGCGAGCAAAGCUGAGAAUCAAAGUGAAGAGGAGAAAGCACACCUAUUCCUCACCGGGACCAAGAUGAUUGAAAGGGCGUUCAAUGCUAAUCAGAAAAGUGCCGCAGCCGCUAAUGCUUUGUGUGAACUGUUCUUGCGGAAAGGAAAUUAUAAGAGGGCUCUAAAAUUAGCCGAACGAACAGUGCAAUUUGCUGACACGCUCACUGUCCUCACCGAAGGGUAUCUUCGGGCAGCUCGUGUAUUACAUGCUGAAGGCUCCAUAUCAGAAGCAACCAAGUAUUACACCUCUGCUACAGAAGGGCAGCCGAAACACGUGUUAGGAGCGAUUGGGCUCGCACAGAUGCAGAUACAAAAUGAUGAGGCAGCUGCUGCGAUUCAUACUCUUGACACUCUCCUCCAACCACCAAAUCCCCAGCGUUCACCUGAAGCUACUGUUAUGCUCGCUUCAUUACGCAGUCACCCAAGGCCGGGUAUAUCAACUGACGAUAUGGUUCAGGAGAAAAUCAAAGCUCGGGAACUCUACGAUCGUGUCAUAAAAAGUCUCGAGGAUGAUAACCGGAUACACGACCGUGCCAAAGAGCCCUCACGAACGUCUCGUCGCAUCCUCGAUGACAUGGAUAUGCAUGCCGAAAUUGCUAAACUGUGGCAGGAGGAAAACUUGGAUCGCACAGGAAAGUCAUUACGAGAGGCAUUGCGGAUAAGUGAGGCGACUGGACAAACCGACCCACGGUUGCUGAAUAAUCUGGGCGCACUGCAACAUUUGGAUGGGGACUUGGAUCAAGCGAGGACGAUGUACGAAAGUGCACUCACAACAGCCUCUGCACUUGGGUCAGAACUCGGUGAGGGCAUGUCGACGUCGAUCCUGUACAAUCUAGCAAGAGUGUACGAAGAAAAGGGAGACGAUACGAUGGCCAGCGAAGCUUAUGAUAAGCUUUUGACCAGACACCCAGAAUAUGCUGAUGCAAAAAUCCGACAAGCCCAGAUGCUUGCCAACCUUAAUCAUCCCAACGAAGCCCACGAGCUGCUCAAACAAGCACUUUCAUCUCAGAAUUCAAACCUUAAUCUACGCGCCUUUUACACCUACUUCCUCAUUCAAAGUAAUCUUCCUAAACCAGCCAAAGAUUUCGUUUUCGCCACACUCAAAGACCACGACAAAUAUGAUGUGUAUUCGCUGUGUGCUGCCGGAUGGAUCAUGUACCACCAGAGUCGUGAGAGUCGUGAUGCGAGCCCCAAAGGUCUGGAAGAGCGCAGGCGUGGGUUCCAGCGUUCUGCUGAAUUCUACGAAAAGGCAUUGCAGUACGAUCCCAAUUGUGCCGUAGCCGCUCAAGGUCUUGCUAUCGUCACUGCCGAAGAUUCACUCGGUUCCUUCAGCGCUCCUUCGUCCUCAUCUACAGAUGAAGCACAGAAGCGAUUCAAGAAUGCUCGCGAUGCACUUGACGUCUUUGCUAAAGUCAGAGAGUCCUUGAACGAUGGUAGCGUCUAUGUCAACAUGGGCCACUGUUAUUAUGCUCGCGAUGAAUUUGAUCGUGCGGUUGAGAGUUAUGAAACUGCGUCGUCACGGUUUUAUAGUGGUCACAACGUGUCUGUAUUAUUGUGUCUUUGCCGCUCAUGGUAUGCAAAGGCAAAUAAAGACCAAUCCUUCACAUCCAUGAACAAAGCUUUGAAAUUUGCUGAGAUGGCUCUUCAUAUACAACCUAAUGAUAAGGCCAUCGUGUAUAACAUCGCGAUGAUCCAGCAGAAAGCUGCUGAGUUACUCUUUGGUAUUACCCCAGCCAAACGUUCUUUGAAAGAUCUAGAGCGAGCUAUUGCUCAAGCAGGUCAUGCACAAAGGUUGUUUGCAUCUUUGGCAGCAGAUCCGGCUCCGGUCGUACCAUACAGUCGCGAAAUGGCUGAUCACAGAAGAAAAUAUGGUGAAAGUAUGCUUCGAAGGGGAGAUGAGCAUCUAUCAGCUCAAAAACACUUUGAAGCUGAAGCCCAUGCCAAGCUUGAGGCUGCAAGGCAGAAGAGACUGGAAGAAAAGCGACGACAAGAAGCCACGGAGCUGGCGCGUGUCGAGGAGCUCCGCCAACAAGCAGAGAAACUUGCGGAAGAGAGACGAAUAGCGAGAGAAACAGCUCUUGAGUGGUCGAGAGAAGUUCAAGUCGAGAGCGACGAAGAGCGCGAAAGGAAGUCUAAGAAGGCAGCAAGAAGACCCAAAAUCGAGAAUGGGAGUGGGGACGAGGGUUUGGAGCCAAAGAAGAAACGUCGUGGAAAACUAAAGAAAGUCAGUGAGCACAACGAGCCAGCAGAAGAGAACGAGCAGCUCUUCAGCGACGAGGAGGGAGGGGAUAAUAAGCCCGCGAAGAAGCGUGGAAUCAAGAAACGAGUCGUCCGGGACGACGACGAGCCAGAGAAUAUCGGGGGACCCCGCAAAAAACAAUUUAAAAGUAAAGAAUAUUUAUCCGACACAGAUGACGAAGAAGAAAUGUCAUGA